CUAUUUUGUCCUGCCACACCUUUCACAGAAUCCCCUGGGGCAAGGUCGGUGAUCUCAGGUUGUUAGUAUAAAACCCCAUUCUAUGUCACUUCCGCGAGAUAUUCGUGCCUUUCUCUCUCAUUACCACGGUCAAGCAGAUGACGCACAAGCUUCAGACAAUCUACUAUUUUACCAAAAUCGACUCCGCUGUCAGCCAGACGAUCUCUUGAUCAGCGAAAUCCACGAGAGCUGGCGCAAAGAUUAUAUCCAGUUGGAGUACAAUCAUGGGUACAUUCAAUGGCUAUUUCCCAUCCAGGAAACCGGAAUGAAUUUCGAGGCCCAAGCUCUACAGCCACACGAGGCUGCAGCAAUGAAGGAUGAUUCCGUUGUCAUCGAGCGCAUCAAGGCAUCUUAUGAGCUGAUGUUGGACUUUUAUGGCAUGCGCCUGUUGGACGUCGAAACAGGUCUCCUUGGACGCUCAGAAGGCUAUGCAGCUAGGUACAAAAACCUUAUGCAAGCCCCUCACAAUAACCUUCGCAUCACGCGGAUUUUCAAGUGUCUAUCGGAAAUGGGCCUGGAGCAUCUGAAUGCGGGGUUCCUACUCCAUGUCCUCAAUGAACAGAGCGAGCAUAAACAGCUAAAGACCAGGCUGUUGAAAGAUAGCAUGGACAAGUGGUGGGCUAAUUGCUUGAGGAACGAAGCAGAAAGGGAGUGGAUCGGACUUACAAUCAAGAAGUCGAGAAAUGGCGACAUUUUCAGCCGGGAACAGUACGAAGCCAGUCUGAAGAGGCGAAAGGAAUUAGGGUCCUUCGCAGACCCACAAUGUGCCAAUCCGUAGCAGGUACUGGACUCAUUGUACGGAGCAGAACGGCAGGCUUCACACGAAGGCAGUUUUUUUAGAAUGGAGCAUUUCAUACAUUUGUUCAAGACUUCCAUUGCAUCUGAUCCGGAAUUGCAGCCUGUCCUUCUAAAAAUUCAUGCAAUGAACGCAGCAUGUCAUCGAAGGUUCUUGCUCCGGGACAGUUGCCUUGGCACUCAUCUCUAUGUACAGUGUGAAUGCACUCAUGGCCACC